CAAUAUCAACUAAAACUGUGAGGGUUAUAGUAGUAAGGAAAAAAGGAUGUUUCUAUAUUUUGAGACGAUAAAGGAAGAGAAGUGCGUCGCUUGCGUUAGUUCUGUGUUCUGUUACGUUGACGAAUUGUAUUAUUUUCGAAGUACAGUGAGAGCAGUCGAUAAGGCGGCUUUAAAGUAUAACUAUAAAUAACGUACUUGGUAUAUAAAACUAAAAAUGUAGAUAAGUGAAACACAACUCUGCUAUAUUAGCUGGUUUGAAUGUACUGCUGCGUUGUAAUUCAGCAGCACGUGACAUAAGCAGUUGAAAUAGGACCUUUGGGCUUGAUAUACAUCACAUUUCGGUCAUUUUUCAUAACUGAUAGGAUAUUAAAUGACCACAGUCACAGAAAUGAAGUGAUACUGUGUUUCAAUCCAUGUAGCAUGGGCUACGCAAUUUACCCUUUGUAAUGUGACUGAAUAUCAUCUCGACUAAAAUAUGGAUUAUUAAUCGCUCAUUUUGCUUCUUAUUACUUGGAAGAGCAGACGAGAAAAGUACUGAAUUUCAAACCUACGUAAUCGGGCCAGAUGAGAGCGGAUUAGAGAAGGGGCCGGGAAAAAUAAAAUAAUCCGCAUAAUAUUGCUGAUAUUAUUAUUAAAUGCAUGUUACACGGUCGAACUGAUGAUGAACCACAAUAUGCAACCAGCCAACUUUAUUUCGUGAAAUGACACAAUUGAUAUAUAUUCUCUUACCCUCUCAUUUCAAAAUCACCCUUGCGGGCAGUUAGUGUAGGUCUGUUUUGUGCUAAGUAAUUCUUUCAAUCUGUACAGUAUUGUGCCAUAAGGGUUAUCCUAUACCAUCAGUGGCAGAGCACGUAAAAAGCAGCCAUGUUAUAUACCAGCUCUGCUGCAAUUUCUGCACAUUUUGUGUGGCAUGAGCACCAACCAGCUGUCCACAAUAAUGAAAGGCCACAGACAAACUGUGACAAGAGCAGAAUUGACCACCCAGUGGCUACUGAGACCAGCAUGCUAGAUUUCAAUAAAAUAAAUAAACCUAUGUGAUCUGGGUUUUUCCCUCCAACAUUUGCUUUUCUGAAUUAUACAGAUUAGAGUUAUCGUAGCAGCACAACUUCCUUACCACAAACUCCCGUAGCUCCUUGUUUCCCAAGGUUGUUUGCGGCCAAUUUAGUCAUAAUGCAGGACUGGAUUUAAGAUUCAUGAUAACCAUGCCCGUAGUAAUCUCAAAAUAGCUUUGGUAGCGUUACAGAUCUUCACUAGAAUAAUUAAGUUUUGAGUAUUGGUUGUUAUGUUCCAUUUGUUGAAUAUCUAUCAUUAUUGUCUCGUCUGAUUCACUAGAUACUAGAAUAUUCAGUAAAAUGCUUAUGUAUUUGCAAGAAUUGUUCAGGGACUAAUAUUACAAACGUCAGCAGGCCGUUACGUCAAAUUUGUAUUUUCAAUAUGUGAAGUUUUGAAGUGUUUUCACAACUUUGUAGGCAAAAUGUGCUGUGAUCAUUUCCUGGUUGACCCCCCCCCCCCCCCAGACAUAGGUCGCAAGGCUAAGUAAUCUCGUUGACCAUAUUUAUUGAACAUGCAUUUUUUGUUCGUUUGUGCACAGCGAACACUUUCUCACUUUUUGUGUUCAGCAUAUUAUUUUCUGAUAUUUCAGUGCGUCAUAUAUAAUUGCUUAUCGUGGAUAACUUGAAUCAAAUUAUCAUCAGCCACAUUCAGUUUAUGUCGUGAGAAGCAAAGUAUAUCAUUACAUUCAAAAUAUUGGCUCAUCUGUUUAUGUGUGCAAUGCUCUAUUAUUUUAGCUAUUAUAGAUACAAGUGAUAUUGGUUGGUAGUUUCUGAAGAUUCUGUCUCCUUUCUUAUGCACUGGUGAGACUAGAAAUAGUUGAAAUGUUCUGGAUAUUUGCCAUUAUUUAAGAUUUUAAUAAUUAUAUUGGUGAUAACAGCAUGCUGAACUUCUGUAAGCAAGCUUUUUUUAAAUAAAAAAAAAGAACAAAACUUGGAAACUUCUGCAAACCAGAAAAAAUUUUGCUCUUUCCACAGUGUGGAGACUACUUGUUAUAACUUUGUCUUUUGCUACUCUGCUGGUAUUUCAUUUCUGGGAUAUGGGGGGAGUCUUUUGUGUAACACAAAAUGGUUAAUACUGGAUCCGUUUGGGGGGGGGGGGGGGGGGGUAAGGUUCAUCAGUGUAUGCAGUUAGAUGUACGGGAUGAGAAUCAGAAUGGGUGUGCAUUAGAAGGUGAUGAAAUAAGAGUUAAAUGAAGAAAACCUGGCCUAUGUUCUUGGUGGUGAAGGGCUCAUCUUCGGCACCAGUCUACAAGAGUGGAGAAAUAAAUGAAGAGAUUAUGAACUGUGAGUGGUGGCAAUUUACAUUUUUGUGGCCAGUAGCCAUUCAUGGAAGAGUGAGAAUAUCUGUCAUGUAUGGAGGUUCAAACACGAGAGAGUUUGCUGCAUUGCAUUCACCUAUCCUGACAAUCUCCUGACUAAUGAUCAGGUGAUCAGGUAUGACAUUCCAGUUCAUGAGGCCACAGAUUUCAGAAGAGUGUCUUGGGCAGCACAAGAAUAUCAACUAUGGAACAUGAUGGGCUGCACACAACACAGGUGUCUGAGAACAUGGCUGUGGAUCAGCAGAAACCAAAAGUCGAAGAAACUGAGGAAUUACCUGCGACACAGCCCUUUGAAUUUGUGUGCGUGAAGGAGGAGCAACCUGAAGAAGACUACGAAGUCAAACCAGUUGCAUCUGAGGUAUAUCAUUCCGAGGACAGAGGUUCAGUUCAUGAAAGGCCGCCGAAUCCUGCUGCUGAUGACAACAGUGUUCCAGUGCAAGAAGCAGCCCUCCACGCAGAAACUCCUGCUUACCUGACGGAUGACUCAAAUUACACAACGUUACCAGAAGAGUCAGAGUGUGAUGGUAACAAGUUGUGGAACAGCAACUAUAGCGAACAUGACAGUACUUUAUCAAGAUUGAGACUUGCAUUGAAAAAGAAGAGGCGUUCACGUACUGGAGAAAAAAGCUAUCCAUGUAAUGAAUGUGGAAAGUCCUUCCCUAAGCCUUGUCAGUUGAAAUACCAUAUGCGUAAACACACCGGUGAGAGGCCGUACGUUUGUGGCAUCUGUGGAAAGACUUUUGCGAAAACAGCUCAUCUGAAUGUUCACAACCGUACACAUACAGGUGAGAAGCCAUUCAAAUGUGACGUUUGUGGAAAAUCGUUCCCCGAUUCUGGCAAACAAAAGAGACAUAUGCGCUCACAUGCAGGGGAGAAGCCAUACGUGUGCGACAUUUGCGGAAAGUGUUACACUGUCCACGGCAGUCUGACAAGCCACAAACGAUCCCACACGGGGGAGAAUGCAUACAAGUGUGAUGUGUGUAACAAAACGUUUCCUAGACCUAGUGUUCUUAAAGUCCACAUGCGGUCACACACGGGGGAGAAACCCCAUGAAUGUGGAGUUUGUGGGAAAGGCUUCACUCAGUUUGGCAAUCUGAAGAGGCAUUUGCAUUCCCAUAUAAUGGGGAGCCGGCUCAGUAGUGUAAUGGUCAGCACUGCGGAGUAGGAUACGGGGUCUACAGCUCCUAUUACGAGGACCUCCUCGAAGAAUCUAGCUUCAAUUGUUGAGGCUUCUUCAGAUUUUGCAGGCUGAGAAGAAAAUAUAUGGGAAACACUCAGCCUUGCGGCUUGGCUUGCAAUAAGGAAACAGAUGCUUUGUGUUUCUCAUACUAACUGCAGUAGCUGGGAGAGGCUGGAGAGAUCGUGUUGACAGCCUGAUCUGCCAUGGGGCAGUACAUGACCACCAGGGAAGAAAGCAGUUUGAUCACUGAAGAAGUGGAGUAGUGAGGGGGAAGCAUUAAAACAUGAGGAAUUGUUUUUGUUUGGGGGGAGGGGGUGGCACCAGUGUGUAGAACAAGUAGUUCACAUCUGUGCUGUAUGCAGAGAGAUCUUUCAGACCAUCCAGUCAAAAACAGUUGCUGCAGACAGGUUGAAGUCAGUGCACUGUUGCCACAUGUGUUAUGUCUUCCAAGAAUUGUCUUAAGAUGCCCUGUCCUAAGUGAAUUUAUGGAUAGAGAAUGCUGAAAGGAUUAUAGGCAUUGCUUUGCAUGCCUAUCUGAGUUCCUGGACUGAGGACUGUCAAACUGAAUUGAUUUUUAAGUAAUUGAGCACACUAUAUAAACUACUCAUUAUAGGCUUGUACUGUUUGCUGAAGCCUGAACUCGAGAUGUUUACAGGAACCUGAAGUUUCCUACCAGAGAAAAGUAGAUUUGGGCUUGUGGUACAAAAGAUAACCAAUUUUCAUUCUGCUUCCUCAUGGAUAAGAAAUCUACUUGAGGGAAAAGAAAAUUUUGGGAUACUCCCAUGUUUAUGUACCAGGUAUUUCAAAAUGAAUAUUGGGAUUUCAAUGCUUUGUAGCAUUUAUUACAUUCAACAUAAAAUAAUAAAUUAAACAUCAAAUGAAAGAGCAACUGUUUGCCAUACAAAUGUUCAAUGUGAGCACCAUCCAUCACAAAGCACACACAGAGUUCUUCCCAGAUCUUAUCAUUGUGUCUGGAGUAAUUGUUGUAACAACUGCUUCAAUCCAGUUUCCUGUGUCACAUAGAUCAGCUGUAGUGAAGGUACAGAUAAGAGAUCCUUUAAGUAACCCAAAGACAAAAAUUGUAUAGCAUCGGAUGAAGCGAACAUGUAGGCCACGUGAAACAAGCUUUGUCAACUAGACCCUAGCAUCCAACCCAGCCGUUGGAUAUGUCGUCGUUUAACUAUUGUACUGAGUUAUGCCAGUGAGGCAGUGCAUUAACUUGCUGCCAAAUACAGUUAUGUGGUUCAGCUUCUUCCAGUUGAGGAAAGACAAAUAGUUAUAGUGCAUCAAGAUACAAAACACCAGCUACAGUUGCUUCAUGGAAAAAGAAAGGCUCAUAAAUCUGCUGGGAUCUGAUACCAAAAUCAUUCAAUAUAGGGGAGUCUCAUUGCAACCGUACUAUCUUGUGGGGAUUUUCUGACCCCCUGGAUGUGUUCACAUUUCCACUUAGAUGAAAUGUUGAUUCAUCACUGAAGGACACUAUCCAGAAAAUCUUCAUCGUCAUGCAGUAACAUUUCAUUUGCAAAGUUGGCAUAUGUGCUCUGUGACUAAUGGUGCUCAGAUUGAACACUUAUAAGAAAAACUGUCUUGAGUUGCUCUUUCAUUUGAUUUAUUAUUUAAGUUGAAGGAAAUACAUGCUACAAAGCCUUAAAAUCCUGAUAUUCGUUUUGAAACACCAGAUAUAAGCAGAAUGAUUUCAUGAAUACAGACUUACUGACACCUGAAUGUUUGUUUGCUGCGUCUACUCAUUCUGAAACUUCACAAAAUGGAAGCAGCAGCUUCCUGCUGCCCUUAAAUAUAAGUACUCUUAAAUGACAACAAUAAAGUGAUGAUUGUUCACCCUUUCAUGGGUGAUGGAGUAAACUAACGUUCAGCUUUAAAUAAGUGACUGUUUACAUAUGAGCACAUUUGUGACUAUUUUUGUUCAAAUGGAACAAAAUUUUAUAAUGCAAGUAGCCAGCUAUCGUACAAUUCAAAAAUUGUAACAUCUUUAACAAAUUUGUGUCAUAAAAAUCCAAUGUUUUGUAACAUAAACAAUCACACAGGAUGCGGUGUGUAGUGAUGAGUAUUUGGAACCAUAUGGUUAUGAUGUAUGUAUCAUCAAAUAAAAAAUUGAAGAAGA